GGACUUCGGAGUUACUUUUUACAAUCCAUCAGCAUUAACUUACUAUAUAUACUGUCAAAUUCAACCCUAAUACUGAUACAAGGAAUAAAAUUGAACAAGAGCGCGGCAGUUGUACAAUCGAAAACAAUGAUGUUAUUCUCUGCAAAAUCAAGUAAAAAACAUUUGUUCUUGUGGAAAAUAUCUUUCUAAGUAACUGUUUUCAUCAAUAUUUUUAGAAGAUUUAAAAGAAAUCUCCCAAAAAAUCUUUACGAAGUCCUUUUUAUCGUAACUCUUUACAUUGCGGAAGGAGACACGGUGCACUGCGGUCCGUUUCUUGUGUUGUUGAAGUUAAGGAUACAUACGUACCGUUUUGGAUGGUUAGGCCUAUGGAAAAUUUGUGAGGGGUUUGCGAGUCGUGGCCACGUUUUUCAUCCAAAUCAUCAUAAAAUGGGCCAAGAUCAGAUAAAAAAUGAUGGAAGGUAGCCACGAAGAUGGGAACUAUCUGGUGCGAGUGCGUGCCCAGGUUAUGACCCGGGAUGACUCGACUGGUGGCUGGGUACCAAUGGGAGCUGGAGGUUUGAGUUAUGUUUCUGUGUGCAAAGGAUCAGUAUCCGGUGAAGACGAUAAAGUAGAAUAUCUAAUAUAUGGAAAGAGAUUAGCUGAUCAGUCAGUUGUCCUCAGUUGUACCAUAAAGAAAGAUUUCCAGUACAACAAAGUCAUGCCUACCUUUCAUCAUUGGCGUACUGGAGACAAGAAAUUUGGCCUAACCUUCCAAACUGCUGCCGAUGCAAGAGCAUUUGACAAAGGUGUCAGAAUGGCCAUUGAAGAUCUUUCUGAUGGUAUUGGUGACUUUCCCAAUUUCCAUGAUUCAGACAUUGGUGAAGAUGAUGUAUUCAUGACAUUGGAGCUUCCUAUUGACUCACACUCUUCCUCUGGGUCCAGCUCUUUCAGUGGUGGCUCUUUUCGACAUCCCCUCCAGAGUUUGGAUCCCGCAGCUUCACCCUACACCCAUCCCCAUGCUAAUCACCACCACCUUCAACGCAUGAACUUCAUCCGCUCGCCCCGUUUCCCUGCAGGAAUCAACCCAUCCAGCAACAACAACAUUGGCGGGUAUGUCCCAGAUCCCACCCAGAGAAGUCGACAUGAUGAUGCCUGGACUAAGGAUUCUUCUAGAGUCCCUAGAAAAGAUUAUCUGGGAGAUUUUGAAAAAAUUGAAAUUACUGGGGAAAUGAAUUCCUAUGUGCAGCUAUCCCGAGACAAGGGUUGCAGGACUGAGCACGAUUAUUCAUACCCUGUGGUGGACAGCUUUGGGAAAUCUGGCAGCCGAGACACUCUUGGUAGCUUGAAGAAACCCCAAAACUUUGAUGUUUUCAACUGCCAGAUGGCUCCAAGGCUGCCAGUGAAAGCAAAGAAAAAAGACAGUAGAUGGAGGAAAGAUACUCGCAAAAACCUCACUGUUGCGCGUGCGCAGUGUCGUCAUUGUUUAGAAAUGUAUUCUCCUGAGGAUAAUUGCCGUGGUAGUUGUGAAUAUGGUCCUGAUGCAGUGCUAAAGUGCAUAAAUAAAGCUUCUUGCAUCAAAUGUGCUCAGUGUAUGUUGUAUCAUUGUAUGUCAGACAGUGAAGGGGACUUUAGCCCGCAUCCCUGCUCUUGUGACAUGUCAGAUGGGCACUGUCCUAAGAGGUGGACAGCUCUGGCCGUGCUGUCAAUUUUUGUGCCCUGUCUGUGGUGCUAUUUACCCUUUCGUGCUUGUCAUCGCUGUGGAAUAAGGUGCGGGAUGUGUGGUAGUAAGCAUGAUCCUGCCUGAUUCUGACAGUUGUGUAUAUGGUUAAAAUAUAAUUGAACGAGAAGGUUAUUUUGGAAUGGCAUUGCUCUUUGACAAGAUGCUACUUGGGAAAAGCAUUAUUUUCAUCUGCCAUGAAGAGUUUUGUUAUGUGUUGCCAUGUUUAAAUGUGAUCUGUGCAUUGCAAAUAAAAGUAAAUAACUAAAAUUAAAGUGUUGCUGCAGUGUAAAAAAAUAUAUAUUAUGAAGUUUGAUAUAUAUAUAUAUAUAAUGUAUCAUAAAAAGGGAUAUUGGGUUUUUAAGAGCUUGAUAUAUUUUUUUGAAAAACAUGGGAAAAAAAGCAUUGUAAAAAAUAUGUUUAUUAAAUUAAUCUGAAACCCCUCCUUUUCUUAAAGGAGUAUAAAUAUGUUAAUCUGUGCUCUUUUUUUGUUAUAAACAGUUUUAAAUAUUUGGAUUUUUUUUUUCUUCCUUCCUAACCAACCACUUGGAGCUCUUUUAAAAACAAAACAAAAAAAUAAUCAAAAUAAGGCUUUAUUUGUUUACAAUUUCAGAACUUUUGUUGUAUGGAGAUUUUUGUUUUAUGAACUGGCCACAUUUUCAAUGGUUAAAUGUACUUUUUUUUUAUUGUAUUAUAAAUAAUUGUAAAGAUUUUUAAUUUCAUGUAUGUACAUUUUUAAACCACUCAUUGCAUAGACAAUUGUAUAUUGUCUAAUGUUGUUACAAAAUUUUGAAAUGGCAUGUCUUGAAACUAGUCAGUCCAUCAUCUCCUUUUGAUUUUGUUUUAUACAUACUGCAUAAAUGUCACAUCUCCAUUUAUUAUAAAUGGAGGCUUUUGAUAAUAUAAUACUUAAAAUAUUAUUCCAGUGGUAUUUUAUCUCUUUUUGCUAGUUGCUUAUUACAGGAAAAAAUUCAAAUGAAUUUCUUCCUCGAUUAUUUCCUGUGAAUUAAAAAUGUAACAAGAUUAUCAUGUUAAUACUAUUUUAUAUACUUUAAAAUUACAAAUUUUGCCUGAUUUGGGAGUUGGCAGACCAAUAUUUUAUUAAUUCUUGAAUGACUAAGUAUUAUAGAUUAUUAAAUACAAGAAAUAAAAAAGAUAUUAUAAAAGAUAAUACAAAAUAUUUCUAUUCAUAUUUAUUGGACAUGAAUAAAUUUUAUUAUUAUAUAUAAAUUUAUCUAUUCAAGUUCUUUGUUACAUUUUUUGUAAGUUACACACUUGUGCUUAAAGUUGCAAUUUUGCUUUGUAGUAGUUGUAUAUCAAGAAACAUACAACUUGUCUAGAAGUUAAGCAACUUGAUGUGUGUGUAUCGUUCAUGCUGUAAAGAUCGAGUCUCAUAUUUUACAUUUUUUAAGUACAUAAAUUUUGUAUAUAGACUCAUUCCCUCCUAUUUGAAUUUGAAAGGUGUUUUAAAAUAAGUGCGUGCCAAAGUAACAUGGACAUGAAAAAUUAAUCUGUUAUUUCCACUAAUAAUAUCCCUCAACAUAGUAACAUGCAAGAACAUAGUUAACAACAAAUGUCUAUUUUGCUCAAAAAUCAAAGAAAAAGGAAAUUUAAUCCAAGCACAUAUUAAAUUUUUCUAAUCAUGAAUGUAUUUUGCUGAAAAUAAGAGGAUGAAGAAUAUAUAUAUACAUAUAUAAUAUUUGUAUAUUUUUUGUUAUUGCUGCAUUUAAAUUUUUUUUUCAUCAAUCAUUUCUCAGAAGUUUGUUUUUAUAUAUGUAAAAAUUAUAUUAAAAAAGUACAUCUAGUUGAAAAUUACAAUGGUGAUUUUUUUUUUUUUUUUUUACUGUUUAAUGUUAAAUAAAUGAUUGCUUGAACAUCUCAUCUGAUAUUGUCAUUAUUCUCCUUUCUAUAUAAAUAAAGUUAUAAAUCCUUUAAUUAUAUGUGGUUUCCUGUUUCAUUUUAUAAAGGAGUAAAAUUUAUGGAACUUUAAUAUUUAUUUAUUAAUAAUUUAUAACUUUAAUAUUUAUUAAUAAUUUAUUUUUUGUAUGCUUAACUUUAUGGACAAAAAAUUCUAUUAUUUAUACUAAUGCUACUGUAUAGGAAUAUUUAAUUUCCUUUUAUUUAUUGUGAUUUUUUUUUAAAGUUCAGACUUGUACCAUAGAGUUUCUUUUUUCUGUACAUUUGGGAUGGCACCAUAAGAUUUUAAAAUUAUUUUAAAAAAUUGAUGAAUCCAUAUUAUUUUAAUUAAAAAAAAUGCUUUAUAAUUAUGAUAAUUAGGGAUAUUAAAAGUGAGUUUUUGAAUAAGAUAAGAAGUUUUCUAUAAGAAGUUACAUUAAUCAGAAUAUUGUUUAUAAAAAUAAAAUCGUUCUUCUCAAUUUUAGGUAAAUUAAAAAGCAGAGCAACAUUGAUUUGCAGUAUGCUUCUGAAAGAAAUUAAGAAGUGUAAUUUCUAAAUUUAUGAUGCUAUCAAGAGUAUGUCUCAUAAUAUGAAAUUAUUUGAGCAUGUUUAAUUCUUAUAAAAUGCAAAAUUGAUCUCGUAUUUAAAAUUAACCGAAAAAUGCAAUUUUCAAUGCAGUAGUAAAUUUUAGGCUUGUACUUUGAUUUAUGGAUAAAAUUGACAGUUUGAACAAACUUCAAAAAGAAUUUGGUAGAGAAAGGAAUCCUCGUUAUUUUAAUCUUAGUACUUUGGAAAGUUUCAUCUGUCUAGUGCAUUAAUUUUUCAAAACUGUUCUUGGAUAAAAUGAGUGAAAACAAAACUAUUUUUAUUGAUUUGUUAAAAAUUACUUCCCAUUAAAUAAAAGCAUCUUUAAAUUGCAUCAUUUUCUUUAGGACUGAAUAGUACAGACAUAGUGGUUUUGUGCUGACACUCAUGGAAAAUUGUUUUAAUUUUCAAUUUUUGAUCAAUUGUAUUAAAGUCAUUACUGCUCCCAUAUGGUGAAAAUUUAAUGUUCUGCAUCUUAAAGAAUUUUUAAUUAUAAACUUCUGAGAAAAUAUUAAUGAUGAUUUUUUGUAUCUAUAUUUUGUAGAUUUUUACUAAUUUUUUAACUUCUCAAACUUAUUUUAUUCUGUAAAUCUAAAUAUGUGACACAAAGGAAUUGAAUAUUUACCAUUUUCAGAUAUUAAUCAAAUAUGGACAGGAUAUUUAAAGUAUAUUAAUUUUAGGUAGAAUUAUGCAUGAUUUUCAAGAUAUCAUGAACAUACCAAAAAACAUUGUUAUGGUUAACGAAAACUUAAUAUCCAUAUAUUUUUAUAAGAGUUUACUAAUUUAAAUAGUUUACUUAUUCCUUAAAACUGAUUUUAGAUUGACACUUAUUUGAUGGAAGGGAAUUGCAAUACAUUUUUUGUUUGUUAUUGAAAAUGCAGUAAUUUUUUUUAUUUUUAUGAUAGAAAUUAAAGAUUUCAAACUAACCUGAUUUAUUCUGACAAUGAAUUAUACAUACAUAUAAUGUACAUUAAAAAAUUAUAUAUAUUCAGUAUUAAAGCAAUUCAGUUUUUUUUUCAAUAAAUUAAAUACGUUAUUUCCUGUGGUUUUUAAUAAUUUUUUUUUGCAUGCCUAGAUUUUUUAAAAAAUUUAGUAAAUUGCUCAGUUUAAUUCAUUAUUUGAGAGCCAGUUGAAAAGAUACAACUUAUGAGUGGUUUCACUUUGAAUUUUAGGUUAAUUUGUUAUUGUCAGCUGACUUGAAUUACACUUAGAAUAUAAUUUUUAGAAAUAUGCCUUUUAAGAUAUGAAACUUGGUCUGCUCAAUCAACAAUGAUAUUCAGAUUUCUUAUUUUUGAUGACAAUAUGUUAUUGAUAAUGAAGUGGAUGUAAAAUCUUGUUUAAAGGGGGAAAAAUCUCAAAGUAUAUGAGAAUUCAUGAGUUUGCAAUGUAUUAAUAAUUCCAAUGUAAAUAGUUUUAAGGGACAAAAAUGUUGAGUUCACUAAUUUUAUUUAAUUCACCAUACGCUUCCAUAUAGUUAUAAUAAGCAUGGAACAUUUUGUAGCAACAAAUCAGUUUGAAUUUAUUUGAAAUAAAUUUAUUACAGGUAUGGGAAAAGCAAAUUUCCCUCAUGAGUACAGCAUUCAUCAAAACUAUCAUUUCAUCAUGUGUCGCAUGCUUUUGCUAAUAUCUGUUGCUGUUUGUGUAUUUGUUAAAUAUUUAAGUUUAAUACUUGUAUGAGAAUAUGAUAUAAAACCUUAUGAUUACUAUGUACAUAGUGAUUAAAAUGAUGAUAUUCAACAGUUUAUUGCUAGUAAAACUAGUGAUUCUAAGUUUUAUAUCUAUCCAUGUCUGAAAAGUGUUAUUAAUGCAAAAUUUGUUUGAAUAAAAAGUUUUGUUUUAGAAAAUAAGAGUUAGGCAUUAGUUGUUUCGACAUUCCAGUUUGAAAUUACAUGAUAGAUUAUUGCAAAUUGAUCGCCUAAUUGAGAAAUAAGUUGGAUAAAAUGUACAUCUAAACUAACAUUCUUCUUAUCAAGCUAACAAUAGAUAGCUUUCGAAUUUUGAUGAAUGCCAUUCCUUUUUAUGUAAAAGUUUUUUAUGCCACUAGAUUUGAAAAUCAGAAUCUUGAAAUUAUCUGAUACAGAAACAAAUCACAUUAUAAGAUCUCAUUUAGAUUUUUUUUUUUAUUGAAACUACAAAAAGCUAAAAUAUUGUAAGUGAAAUUUUUUUCUUAUGCUUAGUUAUGAUAGAUAUUAAUUAUAUAUAUAUAUAUAUAACUUUUUUCCUUUAUUUAGCUUUAUAUUUAUUUGUCAAAUGUAGAUCAAGCAUUUUUAUAACACAUUUCAUAAUAAUAUUAGUUAAUGAUUUAUCAUGCCAAAAUACAAUGCCACUGAAAAUUAUGUGGAAGUUAUGAGCUACUGGAAAUUAAGCAAUGGCAAAUUUUAGGACCUCCUUAUUAAUGUUACAUUAGUUGGAUUAAACAUAAAAUGAUGAGGAUGGAUUUUUUAAAAAAACAACUGCUUAUAUUAGAUGUGAACAGUCAAAGUUAUAUGUAUAUUUAUUCUCAAAUAUAUUGCUCGUUUGAAAAAACACCACAUUGUUGACUAAAAAAUGAAGAUAACAGAUAUGUAAAAAAAAUAAAUAUACAUUUUUUCUAGGAAGAUAUUUUUAGUCAAUUUUUUUGUUACAGUGUAUUAAAAAGCUUUCAUGAGGAAAUAUUUAUUUAUAAUUAUGCUAUCAUCAUAUGCAAGUAUUAAUAUUAUCUCAAAUUUUUAUCUCUUUCGUUCUUUAUCUACAUAUCUCUUUAUCUGAAACGGGAUAAAAGAGAAUUUUUUUUAAGUAAUUGAUGCAUGUAAAUAACAGAGCUUAAAUUAAUUGGUUUUUGUCAUAAUUCUAUGUCUCUAAUAACUGUUUAUCCACAAUGAUGAUUAUUGUUUUUCUUUUUCAUGUAUAAAACAACAACAACAACAAAAACAGGCUAUCUAACAGCUUUUAAAUUUCUUAUAUAUUAAAGGAAUUUAAAAAUGUAGAGAAUCAUGGAUUCAUACCUCAGUGUUCCAUUUCUCCAUAUUUUCAUUAAAAAAACUGAUUAAAUUUAAAUUCUCUUUUCUAUAUUACAUUUGUUUUAUUUUCCUCUUUAUUUCAGAAUUUAUUUUCUCUCUGUAGUGUAAUUUUUUUAAAAAUUAGAAUAUGACAAAGAGUUGUGAUUUUCCUUCCUUUUAUAAGCAGUAUGCUUUUUCUCCUUUCUGCAUAAUGAAAAUCAGCCAUUAUCAUGCAUUUUAUGUUUAAUUCAAUUCAAAUACCCUUUCUCUUAAAGAUUUUUAAAAAGAAAUUUGCAUGUUUUUUUUCAUGAUUAAAUAUUUUUUUAUAGUAUUAAAAUAGUGAAAUAGAAUAAAAAUUACUGAUUUAGAUAUCAAAUUGUAGAAGCAGUGUGUAUAGAAUGGAAAUAUUUUUAACCUGCUAUUUCUGGAAAAAACUAAAAAAUGUUAUGGUAUUGCUAUUUUUUAUAUUAUCUAAAUAAUAAAGUAUCUUAAAUCUGAAAUCUAUUUAAGAAACUAAUAUCAGACAUUCUUCAUUUUAGUACAUUUUGGAAUGAAUAGACUUUUAUAAAAAGCAUUUUUUUUUUUUUUUUCAUUUUAAAUACUGUAAUUAACACAGUUUAUUGUACGUAAAAUUUAAUAUGGUAAAUCAAAGUAUUUUUAUCACUUUUAUAUUGAUUAUAUUCUACAUGAACUGAAACACAGGUGCUUAAAAAUAUUGGACAUGGAAUAUAAAAGUUUCAGAAUCACUAUUUUUGUUUUGCUAGUUACAUUUCCUGUGAAAUAUAUGUUUGUUAUUAUAUGUUAACUGAAAGACAAUGUUUAACUUACCUGUAUGAUGUAAUUUACUCUACAGAAGUCUGUAAAUGUAUGCAUGAAAAGUGUAAGUAAUUUCUUUUGACCAAAAGAAAAUAUGUAUUAUAUCCAAAAAAGAAUAAAUGGCAUUUAAAGAUUU